AUGACUUCUCAAGAAAAACUCCAAGAUUUUGACAUCCCAAUUCCGACCAAAAGAAGCAAAAUUUCAGAUGAAUCUGAAAUUUUGGCUCAAAAGUACGAUAUGCUGCAUGAACACUAUACAAAGGAUGGACUAGGCCAACAAACUCAAUUAUUUUUACGAAGAAUAGCGAGCUCGCCAGAAGUCCCUUCAGAAUGACGGCAUAUUCCUCUUCUCAGAAUGCUCAGCGACACAUGCAAAGAAUUUUUAUUCAACGAGCUUGAAAUCUCUAUGUGGUCAAUAUUUCUUGAAAAGGUUGUCUGAAAUAAUCAUUCACUGCCAUUACAUUGGCUGCUUCUUUAUUCAGCUUAUGCAGCUAAACGAUAUUUAAAUGAAGAUAUGCAGGUUUUCGAACAUUUUGUGCUAAAAAAGUACGAAAACUUUAUGCAUAGCUACCAAAACUGGUUGAUGACACAUCAAGAUUUAAUAAAAGUUAGCCCAAAAAAACUAAAUUCUAAAUACCUUGCCCUUUCUACUCCACCGACCUUAUUAGAAUCAGAAAUAAUUGACUACAACUAUUAUGUAGACGACAUCUUACAAAUUGCUCCUCCUUCUAAUGCAAAUGAAAAAGAAGUCAAAAUCGAAGUCGCAUCAAUAAAUGUGGAGCCAGAUGAGCCAAAGCUCCCAGAACUGCUUAAUUUAAAUUCCGUUCUUAAAGACGCUACAGAGAUGCCUGACCAGUUGUCUGAAAAAGCAAUCAGUCAUUAUGAUCUUUUUCAGCCUUCUUUGGGAAAUGAGAUGGAUAAUAUCCCAUUUUUGCUUCCGAAUUUAAGCAGGAUUCCAUCAAAUAUAAAAGAAGAAGAUAUCUAG